AUGGACACUUACAUCGACAACAUACAAUUACCUUUUAACCAAGGUAUUGUAAAUAGAAUAAUAGAAUAUGCUUGGCAUACAAUAGAUUAUUGUGUGUGUUCAACAGAAGAUGUGUACGGAGAGAAGCUGAGGAGACGGUUUAGUGAACAGAGGACAUCACUAGCAAGACUACAGUUGAUAGAGUAUGCUCAGAGAGUGUACGAGAAAUGUCCUUUUCACUCACUCUAUGAUAAUAGAGCUGGUGGUGGAGAUGAAUCGCGUAAUAGAUUCUACCAAAUCAUUGGUAUCAAUGAUAGAGGACAUGAUCGUAAUGGUGAAAGUGAUAGAGAUGUUGGCGUUCAAUUUCCCGAUCGUAUACCUCCCACACCCAAAGACCGGUGGAGAUGGAGACUUAAACUAUCGACCAUAUCAAAGGAUACUCGUCAAUUUGUACUAUCUCAUCUAUUCACAGAUAUCAUCAUUUGCAAUGGACGUCCACAAGUCAUCGCUGGACACUUGACAAACAUGUACAGUCCAAUCAAAAAUAUUCGGUCAUUGACAAUACCACUGUCACUAUUUACAUGGGUAUUCAGAGGUCUUGGAGAUAAGAAUAACGAAGCCAUACUAGAGAAUUGUACUAGAUUAGAGAUUACCAAUAUCGAUAAUCCAAAUCGUCAACAACAAGUAGACACAUUUGGUCAAGUCGUGUCACUACCAACAUUCUCAAAAGUCAAUAGUCUUGUCUUAUUAGGAACCAUAUCUAAAGACAAGACAUUGAUUCAUUUAUUGGUACAUCCAUUUCAUUGUCACCAGAAACUAGUCUCUAUCAACCUACUUGGUAUGACAACCACCGAACCAACUGUAACCUAUUUUCUUGGGCAACUUGAUCGUCCACUCUUAAAGUUAUUAUUACCAUACCGAUUCAAUCAUUUACAAUUUUCAUAUUUAAAAGAUUCAAUUAAACAAUCACUUCAACUUAUUUUCAUUAGUUUUAAUCAACAAAUUUAUCAAAAUAAUAAUAAUCAAAAUAAUAUUAAUAAUAAUAAGAAUAAUAUUUUACAAUUUAAAAAUUUAAAACAUAUUUAUAUUGAUACAAAUAAUAGUAAUAAUGUUACAUUUGAUAAUUUAAUAUUACCUUGUACCAUCACUAAAAUAACAACCAAUUAUUCAUCAUUUCCAACACCAAAGUUCCUCCAUUCAAAUAAUAAUAUUACUCAUCUCAACAUCAAAGACGAUAAUUGGGACACCAAUAGAAUGACAUGUCGUUCCAUUUCAUUCUCUGGUCUAAUUAAUCAACUUGCCGACAAUAAUAAUAAUAAUAUUAAAAAAAUAAUGAUAGAAUAUGAAAAAGAGUUAACAAAAGAUGAUAUAGAAAUGAUUGAUUGUAAAGGAUUCAAAUUCAACUCUUCCAAAUUCAACUCAAAUAAUACUAGACCAAAACAAAUUAUUUUAACAAGAAGAAAAAAGAAUCAAAAACAAGUUAAACAACAACAACAACAACAACAAUCACCUAUUAUCUUGCCACAUGUGAUUCUUUAUCAAAUCAUUGUUGAAUUGUGGAAGAGUUAUACAUCACUUUGCACAUGUAGAGUAUGGGAUGAUCGAUUAUGGGAUUGUUUCGAUACAUCAAUGGUAGAGGUUUAUAGAAGAGAAACCAACCAGUGUCCACAACACCAUCACCAAGACACUGUAUUUUUUACAACAAAGGAAUCAAGAUCAAAACAAUUAGAGUUAAUGUUGAUCAGUUGGUACAUAACAAAAUACCUUCGAACAAACUUUUUACUUUCUCACAGAUUAGAAGAGAAUACAAGAGGUGUAUUCCCAAUUGGUAGUUUGUUUACUCAAGGAGGAAAAGGCAUUUCCACGGAAAAUGUUUUUCAAUCAUUAAUCUCUCCAUCGAUUCAAAAAUAUAGUUUUAAAUAUGGUGACGAUAUCCAUCGUUUCAAUUUCGAUCCAAAAGACCCAUCGUUUCCAUCACAACUUGUACAUCUCUCUGUGGGAUCCCUUUGGGAUGGGUUUGGCAAGAUCCCUCUCAUUUCGUCACUAACCGUUUUGGAUAUGUCGAGAUUUAUUCAAUCUGACGAAGAAUAUGAUUAUGCCAGCAAGUUACGAUUCUCUGCAUUGUCAUCAUUGACAUCACUUGUAAAACUAUAUUUACCUGUCCAUCUCCAAGAAAGGUAUAUGGAACUAACUCAGUCUACCAAAGAUCGAUUACAAGCCAUUUCACUUAACCUUAGGAAUGCCGAUCGAAAACACAUAGAGACUGUAUUAUUAGCAUCAUUCAAGAAUCUUAACAAACUUCGACUUGAAGAUAUCACAUUCUCACCACCUAUCACUCUACCUUUAUCCAUUACUGUCUUAAAUAUCGCUUUAUCAAUGAGGACGACCUCUAUUUAUCACUCGAUCAAAGAUAACAUGAAAAUGUUGAUUUUAAAUAAUCAUCAUAUUAAAUCAAUCAAAAUCCAACACGAAAGUGGAACUUGGGAUAAUCCAAUACCAUUUGUAUUGGAAUUGACAGGUAUUCCACAAAACAUUCAAUCAAUGUCUAUCAAGUGUCAUUUUAACCCCUACACCUUUCCACUUACAGUCACUUCCUAUCCUCACGAAUUUGAUUAUGUUGGUGUAAUACAAAAAUUGGAAAAAUCAACUUUUAAAUAUUUUUUUAAAAGAAUUUAA